UCAAGAUAUACAAUUGUGCACGUACGUAAUCAAUGUAUUAAGUUCUGUUUUACACCUCAACGUUGCAAAAUGAUUGGAUUUUUAACAAUUGCGCUGUUUCUACUAUAUGGACACUGUGCAUUGGCUAAUGCUGCACGCCCUGACCCAACGGACCAAUAUGACUACAAUGCGGCUCUAUCAACAAAGGAUACUUACCACAUUUACUGGAAUUACACAAAUGAAACAAUCACUUUUGAGGUUCACGCAAAUACACUUGGAUACGUCGGAUUUGGAUUCUCACCCAAUGGAGGAAUGAAACGAUCAGAUAUGAUAAUAGGAUGGGUAGGAGCUGACGGAACAGUAUAUUUUAAGGUACAUACAAUCAACACAUGAUACAUAUUUUACUUAUAUUUAUGACUAUACCUUGAUGUUUUUGUAUAAACAUUGUGCUUUAUUGUCGUCUAAGCCAUUGUGCUUUCAAUGGUACACACGUCUUGUUAAUAUCAUUUCAGGAUAGACACACCAAUGAUUCUGAAAAGACACCGACAAUUGAUGAUAAACAGGACUAUUACCUCGACUAUGGACUCGAGAAAGAUGGGUGGACCAUCCUGAAGUUUUGGCGUUUGUUAGACACAUGUGACGACCUUGAUUGGCCAAUUGAUGUAAGGAAAUGCUUCU